AUGGAUGAAGAGGCACUUAAAAGAAUCUCAUCUUCUAUCAAGAAAGAGCUUGCUACACUAUCUUAUACACGGCCUUCUAAUGAUACAUUUCCUUCUGAUCUUAAGUUUUAUAAUUUGUGGGACAAUGAUCUGUGUGAGUACGGGGAAAGGUACCUGUAUUGGGUUCUCAACAGACUUGAUGGGACAAGUGUAGUAGAUAAAUUCGUCAUGGCCUUAAUUGGAAAUACAAAUUUGUUAGAAAGAGCCUCCCAAUUUUAUCAUAUUGAAGGGCGUUUUCGUUGGGAUGUGUUUUUGAGACAGAGGCUUGUUGAAAGUUGCUUCGUCAUUGAGUUAUUUCGCAAGUAUGCCAUGAAGGAACUGAGAGAGGUGGAUGACCCUAUCUUCAAUAGGCCACAAAAUCUACUUGUGGUGCAGCAUUAUUUAAUUUCGAAUGAUAGCUUUCCAUUCUUUGUCCUAGUUGAAUUCUUCAACGUGACUAAGAAUCAAGAUGAUCCACGAGACAACUUCAUUGAUUUAGUCCUACUUUUUUUCGAAAAUUUGGUAGGUCAUCCUUUGAAACCAUCACCUAAUAACCCAAUUCAAAUUGAUGAGAGCAAACCACUAGUCGACCUGGUACAUAAAGCUUUGUCUGAUCCCGUAGCUGCUGAGAUGUCAAUUACUAUGGAAACGGAUAUAGAAUUUCACUUCAUAAAUUAUGCAACAGAACUCCAAGAGGCUGGGGUUAAGUUCAAGAGAAUGAAAGGAAAUAACCGGGAAAUUAAGUUCCAAAAUGGUGUAUUGGAAAUCCCACCUAUAAAAGUUGCAAAAAGCACCACACUGUUUCUCCUUCAAAGGCUAAUGGAAUACGAGCAGGGGCGCUGGUUUCCAGAUUCUGCUCCCAGAUAUGUCAAUGACUACGUAAAAUUCAUACAAUGUCUCAUAAAUUCCCCAAAGGAUGUGGAACUGCUUCGCCGUAGCAGAAUCAUCGAGAAUUGGCUGGGAAAUGACCAACUGAUCUUCGACGAGCUUAUCAACUUGGGCAACAAAUCCAAAAUAUCGCUUAACUUCACUUACUCUGGAAUUUUCAAGAAAGUGAAUGAUCAUUGUGGGCGUCGUCGAAACGUAUGGAUGGCCAACUUAUGGAGGAAUUAUUUCAAUAGUCCAUGGUCAUUUAUUUCGUUUCUUGCUGCUGUUGAAUUGCUUCUUCUCACCCUCACACAGACUGUUUUUUCCAUUCUCUCUUCUCAUCCUAGUGAGGUUACACUGUAG